AUGAUGGAAGAUGAAUUUAGCACACCAUCAAGCAGUUUAAAAUCAAAGCGAUUACAUCGCAAGGCCGAGUCUUCACCUGAAAUGCUCGAGCAACAGUUGCGUUUAAAGCGCGAGAUGAACUUAACGCGUGAGCUGAUUGACUUUGAUUUAAUAAAAGGCUCGGCUCUAUUUCACACAAAACCUUCAAGCCAUGACCGUAAACUUGUACAGGAGGGAUUCAUACGUGCUCUAUUUCUACCGUUUCAUGCCAAGUAUUGGAAACAAACACCAUGGCUAUAUGAGAAAGCGACUGCGCUCUACGUUUUGCACAGUAUAGCUGUUUGUAUAUACAUUUUCUACCGCAAGACCACAUUACCGUACAAUUCGUUCGAGAUGUUUUUCCCUAUUUUUCUACUAGUUUUAGUCGCGAUUGGCUAUGGUCGCGUGUCAAGUGCACUUCAAGUACCAGAUACAGACGCAGCAUGCAAAAUUUUGUCUCCUAUUCUUAAACAAGUCGAGACUGUGUGCAGCUCCGAGUCAGAUACUUCCCAUGCCGCAUCAGGACUUGGCUCUGGACUUGCUGAAUCCGAAAAUUCUGAUAGCACAGAUAGUGACGAAGAUAGUGGCAAUUCGUCUUCAUCUAGUGAUGAGGUAGAUCCUAGUACCGGCAUGUUCCCUCCUAAAAGCUCUUCUGCUCCCACUUCACCAAAGCGCACAAUACGAACCUCAAUAAGCAAACCGCCUAUGUCAUUACCACCACGCGUUCCGCUUAUGAAUGGAGGGCCAGAACGUGACGGUGUAGCAGAUCAGCUCGCUAGAAGACGCGUUACUGUCUGUGUUUGGGAAAAUGGGUUUCCAGUCAAACGCGCUAUGUCGAUCUCGGAUCUUCGAAAUACAAUUCUCGUAAAGGUAAAAGCUACUCCUACGCGGAUGUUUUAUCGCAAGGUUGCAGAGGUGUCUGCCGUGAUGCUUGCUCUGGUACCGAUAGUACUGCGUUGGACAAUUAAAUGUCAGGAAUACGAUUGUUUCCCAGCAAAUCAAGAGCCGCUUGAAGUACUUGCUUGGAUGCUAUUACUAUUUAAAGAGCUUUCUGCACACCGCUUGUUCAUGCACAUGCAAGACCUUGUUUCUGGAGCAUCUUUUAUCUCGAUGUCUUGCAUGUUGUCGACAUACUACUUGGCAUCCAUCAUUUUCGCUGCGCUCGCUGAUGCCGAAGUCACGUACCACCGCCGAUUUCUAUAUGCUAAGUGCUUUACAGCGUUAACAUCGUCACGGCGCUCGAGAUUGGCCAAACUUCCUCAUUUUCGUCUAAAAAAUGUAGUGAACAUCAAGGCAUGGAUCUCACUUCGAGGUGGGCGCACAUGGCUCAAGCGUCAAGGGCGCCAACGCGCGGCGGAUGAGAUUGUGUCUACGUCGUUUCUUAUCAUUCUUGUGCUACUCGUUGUCAUGGGCAUGCAAGCCGUCUCAGAAGGAUCUACGUCGCCAUCCUACGAGAGUAUUGUUCACAUCGAAGUUGCAAUAUGGUGCAUGUUGUCCUCUGUUUUCAUGCUGCGGUUCAUGAUGCUUGGCUCAAACAUCAACAAGAAGUAUCAAAAUACCUCGUUACUCUUGACUGAGCAGAUGAAUGUCUAUCUUCGACUCCUGGCCAAACCUCACAAAAAAGAAAAACUUCUCGUAUCCAACAACGUCUUGAAGCUUGCAUGUAAGCUGUUAAAGGAGCUCAAUUCGCCCAACAAAGUUUCUGGCUUGACAAUGAAUCCAUUACUAUACAACAUAACGCGUGUCGUGGUAUUGUCAGCCUUUUCAUCAACCGCUUCUGACUUCUUUGGUUUUAAGCUGAAACUUUGGAAGCUUAAGGCAUAA